AUGACAUCUAUAAUUCAAUCACCACCUCUAAAUUCAAAAAAGCCCCAUCUUAGCCAAGAUGAUAGAAUCAACAAAAACAACAACAACAACAAUAAAAUGAUUUUCCAAAAAAGAACUAUUGCCGAUAAUCAAAUUCAAUCACCAUUAAUUGGUCAUUAUAAAUUAAAUAAUAAUAAUAAUAAUAAUAAUAAUAAUAAUAAUAAUAAUAAUAAUAAUAAUAAUAAUAAUAACAACAAUAGUUCAUCGAACAACAACAUCAAUAAUAAUAAUUUAGUGGUCGAUGAAUGUUGUGAAAAAACUGAACAAAUAGAAACUAAAGAAACCAUAACCAAAGUUGAAGAUAAUCUUAAUUUAGAGGUAGAUGUUGAUAAAGAGAUUGAAAAUGAAAUAGCAAAAUACCAACAUCUAUUAUCUACAUCUACAAUUUUUAAUGGAAUAUGUCAAGAUUACACUGAUGAAAGUGAUAAUAGCGAUGAAGAAAAUGUUGAUGAUGACGAUGAAGAGGAAGAUAAUAAAAAACAAAAAGAGGAAUGUGAAGAAGAAGAAGAGGAGGAGUGUGAAGAGGAAGAAGAAGAAGAUUCUGAUGAAGAUUCUGACGAUGAUGAUUCAGAUGACUCUGAAGAUUCCGAUUAUGUUGAAGAAUCAAUUUUAAAUAAUUGUUUAAGACAACAACAACAAAUCAAUCAUAAUGGUUUUAUGAAUAAGAAAUAUAAUUAUAUAGAUACAAACUCUUAUUUCUUUUCAAGACAACAACAACAACAACCUCAAAAAAUCAAUCAUAUUUACGCUGAUACUUCAUUAAGAAUGGAGUUAAUUGAAUUAUUAACUGUAAUGAAAAAUAAUGAAAGAGAAAAAGGAAAUAUGGUUGAAGAUGUUUGUGUUCAUGAAAUUUUUUUAUAA